ACAAGUUUUUAUUUCAAUUAUUUAAUUCCAAUUACAACUAGAGCAAGACUCGAUAUGUUUUUGUAUGAUUCAGACGUUUUGUUACUCAGAAUCAUUGCUGUCGUUGGACGAGUAGGUUGGGCAGAAUGCCGACUUCCCUCGCGCUUAUCAUUUGUUACUACAUCCUGAGUAUUGGUGCGGCGAACGAAAGACCUGAAUGUCCUAAAAUCAGUGACGGAUAUUAUUACCCAAACUGUCGAUGCAAACACGGACCAGCCUACGACAAUAAAACAAACACUUGUCCAAAUCCUGAAUGUCCCGUAAAUGAGAGCGUUGGAAUCUAUCCGAACUGCGUGUGUAAGGAGAAAAACUUCGACUACAGCGCCACUUUCAACGAAUGUUUUCGAGUUUGUCCGGAAAAUAGCAGCGGCUAUUGGCCCAAAUGCAACUGUGAUUCCGAUGGUCAUACUUUCAGUAAGGAAUUGUUCGAAUGCAUCGCUUGUACCGAAAACAGUACCGGCCAAUAUCCCGAUUGUAAUUGUGAGGGUGAUGGCGCCACUUACAACCGUUUUGACAAUGUCUGUAACGAGCCUAAACAAUGUCCGCAUAAUGGCAAAUACCCGAAUUGCACCUGCGAAGGUAUCGCAAUCUACAACAAGUUAACCGACAAGUGCCAGUGUCCUUUCAGAGGUGUUGGUAAUUACCCGAAUUGUGACUGUAAGGAGGGAUACAUUUUCGAUGAAAUAAAGAAGUCGGGCGAGAGAUGUCCAGACGAUAGUGUUGGCGUGUACCCGAACUGCGUUUGUGUAGAUCGGAACAGCACGUACGCCGAAAAGUGGAAUUCGUGUUACACAUGUCCAGCUAAUAGCACUGGAAAAUAUCCGAAUUGUGAUUGCGAACAACCGUUCCAGUAUGUUCAGGAAAACAACAUUUGUGAGAAAUGCCCCGAAAAAAGUGCGGGCGUUUAUCCACAUUGCAAGUGUGACAAUGGCUAUUUCAGUCAGACUUUCCAAAAAUGUAUUGAGUGUCCAGCUGAUGCUACUGGUCUCUAUCCAGAGUGUAAAUGCGACGAUGAACGUUUGGCAUUCAGUCCGUACAUCAAUGAAUGCUAUCGUAAAUGUCCAGAAGAUAGCUCGGGAAUUCGACCGAAGUGUGGAUGUGGUAGUGGAUAUUACUACGAUGAUGAUGAUUUUGCAUGUAAAAGCGGAAUUGGGCGGAUGUGUCCAUUCGAUAGUAUUGGAAUUGGUCCGGACUGCUUAUGUGUGAGAGAAUUUCACCAAUUUGAUUUAACCAAUUGGUGGUGUUCAUCAUCGGAUGCAAUUGAGAUAUUAAACUUUUGCCACAAAGGUAGAAGAAAGAAAACGUUUAUUCGAGCAUAAAAAUACAAAAAUAAAGGUGCUGCCCUGAUAUCCAAGGUUGCUAUGUCACACAGCGUACCGAUCUAUCCUAAGACAAUCAUACUACUAACAUCACGUUGUUUUUACUAACUAAUUUUAUGUCAAAAUUUAUGACUAGGUCAAUUAUAUAUAUGAUUAUUGAUGAUGAAAAUCGUCUUAAUU